AUGCAUGAACUCUUCUCGAACCGGGAUGUUCUGUCAUCUAUUCUCAUUCACUUGAGCGACGAGUCGCUAGCUUCCUAUACUGUGGUCUCCAAGUGCUUCCACGAGGCCGCACUCGCUGUCGUGUGGCGAGAUGCGACGCCCUCGAGAAUUUGGCAGCUGUUCCCCGAGGACAUGAUCGGGAUAGGGGUAGAUAAUACGCUCGAACUCGUCAGACCAAUAAACCACACAACACGGGAUCGGAUCUAUCGUCGGACGAAGCAUUCCCGUAUCUUCACGUACCAUCAAGAAUCGAAUGGUUCCCUCGACUGCCUUCUCGCAGUUCUCCUCUUCCGCCCUUCUCUGUCGCUAUUUCCCAGUCUUUUCGAAGUGAACUUCGAGGUUCGAAGUGCAAACAGUUUUCACGCCAUAUGUCUUGUUAUGCCGGAGUCUCUGCGCGCGGUCCGUCUCACAUUCUUCCUUGAUGACCUUGUGCCCGAACUCACUGUGCCCACACCGCUGAUGCAACUUCUUGGGGCGCUUUGCGGGAUUAUUUACGACUGCCUGCAUUACGUCUCCCCGGUCUUCGCCCUUCUGGACAGAUUUCUGACGUCUUUCCUGGAAGAAUGCACAACAAUGAAGGAACUCAAGCUGAGAGACAUCCCUUAUACGGCACCGUUAUUCAAAAGCAUCGGAUCUCUGCCUUCAUUGCCUAAACUGGAGUGGAAGCCCCAGGUGGCCUCCGAGAGCCUUCUCUCCCUUCGUGGACCCAUCGCAUUGUCAGAUUUUGAAGGAUGCUGCCCCUCACCUUUUUUCUCGCUACGGAGCUGGUCUCUCAAUCUGAACCUAGAUGCUGUUAUUGACGUGUAUCCGGACAAGGGGUUCAUCGGCGCAUUUAUCACUCUCACUAGGCUGUCCUGUAUUCAGUCUAUCGUGUUGUCGAUGGUUGGAACGAAGGAGUACGUGCACACUGUAGUCGAAGCAAUAGCGAACAAUUGCCCGAAACUCGAAUUUAUAGCGUUGUCUGCCUAUCCUCCCCUGGAAACACGACAGCAUGUGCACGUCCCGUCAAGCGUCACCAUAGAUGAUAUCAAGGACCCACAAACUUGGGACCGUUUCACCUUUGCAUGCUAUCGACCGCUGUUAAAAUGCGACAAACUUCAAAUUCUGCAUCUGUCUGUGUUCGAACACUAUUCAUUCGUCUUCACCGACAAGGAUCUUUCCGAAAUGAGGGCUUGGCGGUGGCUGCGAGUACUACGCGUCACCGAAGAGAACUCCUCGUGCGCAUGCGAACCAGCUCAGGUGACUAACAUGGGCCUCAUCGCGCUCUUGCUAGCAUGCCCUGCCCUUCAAGAAGUGGCAAUCGAGAUGAACCUGGAUCCACUUGUACACCCGAAUCUCCUGCGAAUAUGGAAUAAGGUGCUCGCGAAAUCGCAACAUUGCUGUUUACGCAUUGGGAACGCCUACAUUCGUAAUCCGGAGCAAGUCGCGGUAUUGUUGCGUACGAUCGCGCCGAAUGUGGAGAAUAUCGGUUUUGGACCUCUGCGAUUACCUGAUGCUCAAACGUUUCAAAGUGGAACUGACGAAGAAAUAAACAUGCGCAUUGCUGGGACCGAAGCUGAACUGGAGAGAAUAAAGAACGCUCGAAACCUCAACAGACUCCUGGAAAAAACACGUUUUGCGAAACAUAACUAG